UAUUGGAUCUACUACAUAUCAAUCGAGGGGCGAGUAGAAUUUGCGGUUGGGCGUCAGGUGAAACUCGCUCUGCGAGGGGAAAAGGGGGAAAGAUAAAAAGUACUUCGUCUGAACGUUCAGGGACAUUUUAUAUGCUAUUUAUAAACUUACUAACCUAAGGAAACUUUUAAUACUGGAAACCAACACGUAACAAGAUGAAGAGCCUCAAGUAUCGAUUGAAAAAACACGAAGUUAACAUCACAAACACAGACUGGAACAAGUAUGAUGACCGGCUGAUGAAGGCCGUGGAGCGGAGAGAGGUGGAAAAGGUGGCCGCCGUUCUCAGCAAGAAGGGCAUCAUCCCCAGCAAGCUCGACGUAGAAGGGCGCUCGGCGUUCCAUUUGGCUGCGGCGCGAGGACACGUCGACUGCCUCAAUCUGAUCCUGGGACACGGCGUCGACGUCACGGCCUCCGAUGCCACCGGCAAAAAUGCUCUUCAUCAGGCUUCAAGAAAUGGGCAUUCUCUGUGUGUGCAGAAGCUCCUGCAGCACAACAGUCCAGUUGGAAAUGUGGACCUACAAGGAAGAACAGCUCUACAUGAUGCAGUCAUGGGCGGCUGCUCCUCGAGUGUGAAACUUCUCUGUGACAGCGGGGCUUCUGUGAACGCCACGGAUUUUGAUGGCAGGACACCUCUGGUGCUGGCUACCCAGAUGUGUCAUCCACGCAUCUGUAAGCUGCUGCUGGAGCGAGGGGCUGACAUCACCAUCCGGGACAAACUAAACAAGACGCCGCUGAUCCUGGGCUGCGAGUUUGGCUGCAAGGACGCCGUGGAGGUGUUGCUGAAGAGCGGCAGCGACGUGAAGGCAGUGGACAGCUCGGGUCAGGACGCGCUUCACUACGCUCGCCUCGGCAAGAACCCAGAGCUCGUCGCCCUGAUCAAAAGUUACCUCGACAAAGCCACCAGAGAUAAAGAGGCUGCGAAGAUAGAGCAGUGGAAGCGACAGCAUUCAGUGGAGAGGUCGGAGACAGUUGAGGUUAACAGAAGGGAUCAAAUCAUACACGACUUGGAAAAGCAGAACGAGACGCUGCAGGAAAGCCUGAGGAACUAUCACCAGGAUCAAGGAACCUUGUUGGAUAAAGUCAACGUGCUGCAGCAACAGCUCACACAGAAGGAUCAGUUGAAGAUGUUACUCGGUUCCAAAGAGGAAGGGGCUCGAGGCCAGGAGACGGUCAAGGUUCAGCUCAGGAGCACUAUGGGGGAUUACUCUGGACAGUCUGUUAUCAAAGGUAAAGAAAACAAUCUGGUCAAACAAGCUUACAGCCUGGACUCUGAUCAGUUGCUCCAGAACCCUCCCUCUGCGGCCUGGCACAUCUCCGGUGAGCUGGAUGCCCUCCAGCGAGAACUUGAGGCGGUCAAGAGACGACAACAGGCGGCGGACGAUGAGACGGCGCAGCUUCAGUCGGCCCUGAACCGUAAGAACCGAGAGUGCCAGGAGCUGGUUCUCAGCCGAGACGCCAUCCAGAAACAGGCCGACCAGCAGAUUCAAGUACUGGAGGACGCCCUGGGGGACGUGCAGAAGAGGAUGCUGGAUUCCGAGUGCAAGGUCAAACAGCUGCAGGCCCACGUCGUCGCCGUGAAGGAACACCUAGGGGGCCAGGCCACGGAGGAGCUGCGCGCUCAGCUCCAAGACGUCAAGGCCAAGUACGAAGGCGCUUCGGCCGAAGUGUGUCGCGUUCGCAACCGUCUCAAACAGAGCGAGAAGGCCUUGGAGGAGUACAAGAGCAGCGAGAACCAGCUGGCCACGGAGGCGGAGAAGCUCAACCAGGAGCUCGCAGCCGUGACCGCGGACCGCGACAACCUGGCGGAAAGCCUCUUGGAGAUGGAAGCCCACCUGAAGGAGACCCAGACCAAAUACGGCAACGCGGUGCCGGCUGAGAAGUUCGACAACAUGAAAAACCUGCUGAGCAACGCGGUCGACGAGAAGGAGCGGCAGAUCGCCGAGCUGAGGGAGGACUACGACCGCGUGCUGGAGGAGGUCGCCGAGCUCAACCGGAAGCUGGACGCGCCGUCCUCCCGCGGCGGGGCCGGCGCGGCGCAGGCGGCGCUCGAGGAGCAGAACGCCUCUUUGAAGAGGAGGCUGUCCGACGUGACGGCCAAAAGCAAGGCUCUGAUUCAGGAGGUCGAGGAGAGCGAGGAGGAGCGAGAGAUGCUGCGGGAGCAGCUGGAGGAGCUCAGCAGCCGGAUCCAGAUGGACUACGUUCCCGUGAACGCGCACGACGAAGCCCGCAGGAACAUGGUGUCGGCGUUGGAGGAGCUGGAGGACAAGCUGGUGGAAGCCGGCGAACGCUGCGGAAAAGCGGAGGCGCAGGUCCAGCAGCUUCAGUCGGAGAGGCCGGCGCUGCAGGAGAACAUCGGCAGUCUGCGAAGCGCCAGCGAGAGGCAGCUCGGCGAGAUGGACGCUCUGAGGUCCCAGAACGCCGACCUGAUGAAGAAAAUAGAACUUUUGCAGAGGAGAUGCGAGGACAGGGAAAGGGAGUGUGCGCGGCUGACCACGCAGAGCCAGACUCUGCAGCGCAGCUUGGAAGGAGAGUAUGUUCCCAGACGGCAGCACGAGCAAGUGAAGAUGGAGUUAAGGGCCACCUUAGAGAGCGCCAAAGCUGAGAGGUUGAAGUUGGAGACCAAGGGUGAAGAAAGUGGGGAAGAACUCAAGAAUGUGAAAGAGAGACACGAAAAGUUAAAAGAAAAGUUUGAAAAAGUCCAGUUGGAGAUGGGACGAGACUACGUGAGCGUCGCGGAGCACAAAGCGGUCACAGGCAAGUUGAACGCCGCCGUGGUGGAGGCGGAGAAACGGGCGAGCGAGGCGGCGGGGGGCCACGCGGCGGCCCAGCGGGAAACGGCGAAGCUUACUCAAGAACUGGAAGCUCAGAAGAAGGAACUCGACACCAUCCAGGAGGCCAUUCAGUCCAAGUUCAUCCCGCUGACGACCGCCGAGGAGAAAGAACACUCCCACAGCGCUCGGGUGAAGGAGCUGAGCGCCAAGCUGCUGGAGAUGGAAGAGAAGCACACCAGAGAAAUGUCCGCGAGGGAGGAGUUGGAACAGGAGAAGGAGAGACUCAAGGUCCACGUCGAAUCGGUCCAACAGCGGCUCGACUCCGCCGUGGCCGCCAGUGAAAAGCAACGCAACGCGGGGGAGGAGUUUAAGGAUGAACGGGAGGCGCUAACUCAGAAGCUGGUGAACCUGGAGCGGCAGCACGCCGAGGCCGCGCUUCAGGAGGAAGCGCUCCGAGAGCAGAAAGCCCUCGGCGACGCCCAGAUCCAGAGCCUCCAGGAGCGCCUGAAGUCGGAGUUGACCCGGAUUGCGACGUACGACACCGAGCUCAAAGCGCUGCACGACGCCAUGCGGCAAGCCCAGGACGAUUGCAAGAAGGCGAGGGAGGCUCAGCAGGAGGAGGCCCAGCGGGCGAGCCUCUUGCAGAAAGAUGCGCAGGAACGCCGCGGCGAUGAGGCCUCUCUGCUGCGGCAACAAGCCGAGGCCCAGGAAGCCCUGCAGGCCGAGGUCGCCAAGCUCCGCUCGGCUCUCCGCGCGGAGGAGGAGAACGGCGCCCAGAGGGCUGAGGACGUGUCGGCGCUGCAGUCGGAGCUCCUUCAGGCCACGCAGACUCUGGAGGACAUCAACUACAAAGAAGACCAAAUGAACCAGCUGAAGACGGAGAAGCGGCGGCUGGAGGAGGAGGCCGCCGACCUGAGCGGCAGGCUUCUGAGCGCCGCGGGGGAGAGCGCCGCGGCCCGCCGGGAGGCCGCGCAGGCGAGGGAGGGCGAGGGCAGAGCGCGGACGGAGAUGGAGGCGGUCCAGGAGAAGGGCCGCGCCAUCGAGAGGGAAAUUGGGGAGCUGAAGGAGAGAUACGACGAGUCGCUCGCCACCAUCCGUGAUCUCCAGAGGGGGAUUCAGAAGUCGGCUCAGCAGACUGAGGCCAAAGACAAAAAGAUCACAGAGUUGCUGACAGAUGUUGAGCGGUUGAAGCAGGCGCUCAACGGUCUGUCCCAGCUGGCGUACACAAGCAACGCGCCCAACAAGAGACAGACGCAGCACAUCGACACACUCCACGGCCAGAUCAAGAGCCUUCAGCAACAGCUGGCUGAUGCUGAGAGGCAACACAGAGAGGUGGUUUCCAUCUAUCGGACUCAUCUUCUCAGUGCAGCACAGGGCCACAUGGACGAGGACGUGCAGGCGGCCUUACUGCAGAUCAUCCGCAUGAGACAGGAGUUUGUGUGUUAAAAGCUUCCUGCGACAAAACAAAAGUGCUGCUGCCUGCCGACCCAGAUUUCCCGUUUUCACGCCUCCCACUGCUGAGUUCACCUGCUGUGGCCCCUGUGGGUGCCGUGUGCGUCUGUGCGUGUGUGUGUGUGUGUGUGUGUGUGUGU